GCCGGCGUUACGGCACAGUCGCACGCGCCGUGGCUUUGCACUCGCGCGAAAUCCGUCGUCGUCGCCGCCGCCGACUUCAGUACCGUUUUCGCCGCCGCCGGGCACAGUGGUCACGAGAGCCGAGACGAGCUCCGUCUUCCCUCACGAGCACUACAUAUCGACGUUAUUUGUACAUAUAUUAAUAUAUAUAGUAUAAUACAUGUAGUCAACGGUCUCACGACGAUAACAAUAUCAUUACUAUUAUUAUGAAAUGCUCUCGGCCAACAGCAUCACGUCAUUCGUCACCGCUCUCAUCUGCACCCUGUCUUGCAUAGCCGACGCCAACGCCGGUAUCGAUUGUUUCAAGUGUGUCUCAUUGGAAUGGCAGAACCGUGCGUGCGACGACCCGUUCCACAACAAUUUCAGCUCGGGGCUUUUAGAGUCGCCGUGCAUGGGCGGGCGGAAAGGCCGCAACGGUUUGUUUCCGGCUACCGCGUGCAUCAAGCUCACCGGUUACUACAAAACAACCGGACAGCACGUUACGGUUAGAGGAUGUGCAUUGGAUAGCGGAACUUUGACCACAGACACAGAAAUUAUUCGGAUGUCACAUUGCGGAGGAUUCUAUUUCGAUGACAAGUAUGUCGACGGCUGUUUGCAGAGUUGCGACGACGCGGACGGUUGCAACCCGGCAUCGCCACCCAAGUCUCUGGACACUACGCUACUGAUAAUGUUAGUGGUGAUGCCGCUCGUCGCCCGUUUCAUACCGCACGAAUGGGCACCGGACGCGUGACGACUGGUCGUACGCGAAUUUAAUACCACGUCCAUAGGUGUAUAUUUUUAUUUGGAAAAAAAAUACUCGCUCGAGGUCAUUCGGGCGCGUUUCCUAACGACGACGCCGAGAGCAAACACGCGAUGAUCAAUUAUUUAACGGGGUGCCUUGUACAUACGUAUACGAUAUAUGUAAUGAUAUAACGUCACCGCGAACAUCGAAUUUUCACCCCCUCCUGACCACUACCCAAAAAAAUCCCGUACGAUACGAUAUCCCGUCUUUAUACUGCCUUCCUCCCCUGACCAAAAUAGGUACAAGUAAACGGAUGUCGAGUGUUUGUAUUCAACUUCUAACGCGUGCUUUUCGCGUAAAUUGUUAAUUAUUAUUAUUAUUAUUAUAAUUAUCAUUAUUAUUCAUUAACUAUUAUUAAAUAGAUUAUUAAUAUUAUAUUGUAAAAAUUUAAGUAACAUGACAUAUCCCAGUUGAGCAUAUCUUACUGAUGAAACUAUUUCCAUUUAAAAACACUAAUUAUUAUUAUGAUGUAGAUGAUGAUAUUAAAUAAUAAUAUUAUGAUUAAAAAAAAAAUUAUAUAUAUAUAUAUUAUAUUAUACUAUUUUAAACAUUCUAUACAAAUAUAUAUGACAUACAUGUAUAUUAUAAAUAUAGAUGGUAAAUUACGUGUUGGACUUAAUAA